CAUUCAUUUCUCUUGGGAAAAACCAGCAGAUGCCGGUUCACUUUCACCAGAACACCAAGAAGGAUAAUUUAGACAAUUUAGCAGAGUAACAAAUCUGUUGAGCUUAACCAAUGAGAGGCAUAACACUAGAAAUCAAGAAGGAUCCAGCAAACUCCACUGAAGCUUCCUCAUGGAUCCUUCUUCCCACCCACUUAUGUAUAGCCAUUAGUACCAUCAAGCCAACUUGAUUCCAAUUUCAGACCCAAAACCAGAACACAAGACAAUGCAAGGAUAUGGAACUGAAGCCCCACAACCACAGUAUGAAGAAUUGAACUGCAAGUUGCACAACCAACCAAAACCAAAACCAAAACCAAAACCAACCUCCCCUCUCUCCAAAUCCAAUGACAAAAUCUAAUCUCAACAACCUCACAAUCUUACUCUUACUCCUCUUCACCUUCACCUCUCAAAUCACCAUUUCAGCACAAAACAACAACAACCAACAAGACCAGAGACAACCCUUCGUCGGAGUCAACAUUGGCACCGACGUUUCAAAUCUCUUACCACCAUCACAACUAGUAUCCUUCCUCAACCACCAGAAAAUCACUCACAUCCGUCUCUACGAUGCCAACCCCGACAUCCUCGGAGCAUUAUCCGGCACCGACAUCCACGUCACCAUCAGUGUCCCCAACAACCAGCUCAUCGCAAUUGGCUCAUCAAACUCCACCGCUUCUGCCUGGAUCCGCCGCAACGUCGCCGCUUUCUACCCCAAAACCCUCAUCACCGGAAUCUCCGUCGGCGACGAGGUUCUAACCACCGUCCCCUCCUCCGCUCCUCUCCUCCUCCCCGCCCUUAAAUCCCUCUACUCCGCCCUCGUCGCUUCCAACCUUCACAACAAAAUCACAAUCUCAACUCCUCAUUCCGCUUCCAUCAUCCUCGACCCUUUUCCUCCUUCUCAGGCUUUCUUCAACCAGAGCCUCUCUUCCAUUCUCCUCCCUCUUCUCCAGUUCCAUUCGCAAACCGGUUCGCCAUUGAUGCUCAACCUCUACCCUUACUAUGUCUUCAUGGAGAACAAGCGUGAGGUUCCUCUCGAAAGCACGCUGUUCAAGCCUCUUGCCAAGGAAAUGGUGGACCCCAACACGCUGCUUCACUACACCAAUGUUCUUGAUGCCAUGAUUGAUGCUGCUUAUUUCUCCAUGAAGAAUCUCAAUGUUACUGAUGUUGUGGUGCUUGUCACUGAAACUGGUUGGCCUAGUAAAGGGGAUUCGAAUGAGCCUUACGCGACGAAGGAGAACGCGGAUACUUACAAUUCCAACUUGAUUAAGCAUGUUUUCGAUCGUAACGGAACCCCUUUGCAUCCUGAAACAACUUCCAGUGUGUAUGUGUAUGAAUUGUUCAAUGAGGACUUGAGGUCAAGGCCAGUGAGUGAGGCUAAUUGGGGACUCUUUUAUGGGAAUACUACGCCUGCGUAUUUGCUUAGAGUUUCUGGGACUGGGAGUUUUCUUGCCAGUGAUACUACUAAUCAGACUUAUUGCAUUGCUAUGGAUGGUGUUGAUUCGAAGACUUUGCAGACGGCGUUGGAUUGGGUGUGUGGACCGGGGCGAGCGAAUUGUUCUGAGAUUCAACCUGGAGAGAGUUGCUAUCAGCCUAAUAAUGUGAAGAAUCAUGCUUCUUAUGCGUUUGAUAGCUACUACCAGAAUCAAGGCAAAUCAUCCGAGUCUUGUGACUUCAAAGGAGCAGCUAUGAUCACUACUAAUGAUCCUAGUCAUGGCAGCUGUAUAUUUCCUGGAAGUAAGGAAUUAAGCAGCAAGACAAAGGAAAAUGUGAACUCUACUCAAUCAAGCAAUGCAGGGGAGAAUUUAAGGCUCAGAACCUUUAGCGGCAAGAAAAUGAGUGAAAUCAACUACAUUUUGCACAUUUACUUGGUUGCUGCAUUGCCCACUUUGUUGCUAUUCCUUUUGUGAGGUGCAAAUAAUACCUUUUUUGUUCUGGGUGGGGGUUGAGAGCGUUUGUAUGAUUGAUUGUUUUGAUAAUUCUUUUAGCAGAGGAUAAAAGAAAAGGAGGUUCUGGAUGACCUACUUCUCCAAACUUAGUGCUUAAGAUAGAUGCUUGCUUUUGAGAAAGUAGGUGUGUAAAAUUUUCACAUGGAGGGUUCUUGUAAUUAAAUAUGUUAAUUAGUGUAGGAUAUGAACAUCAUGGAAUCGACUUUCUUAUGUGAAUUUCUUACAUGCGAA